AUGUCUAUUAUUCAAACGAAAACCCAGCUUGCAGAAGCCAUCGGUCUUUACGAGCAUUUAAAAUUAGAGCUUAAUCAAACACAAAACCUCGAUUCUUACACAGAGGAAGAAUGGCAAGCUCGUUUACGUAACUUGGGUUUAGAAACCGCAACACUGAUGCAUACAGGUCGAAUACUAGACGUUCCACAGCUGAUUCGAGUUUUAAAAAGCAAACAAAAAAAGCUCCAUCGGCACAGCCUUUGGAAGAAGCGCCACCGAAAACGUGUAAGUCUUCAUCAAAAACAAUUAGCGAAACGAAACGAGAAAUGGAUAAAGCAGACAGAAUGGCAGGUCACGAUGGCACCUACAAGCAAGCCCGCUAUUACGGUGGCGAAAAAAGACAAGUUGAAGUCGAAAAUAAAAGAAUAUUCGCGUAUCCUGUCAAAAUUAACGCUGUUACGUUCACUACGCAGAAGGAAAUUAGAGACAAAAGGACAUUUCUUUGCAGACGAUGGCAAUCAAUUCUUUAAUAAGGUGAAGGCAUGGCAUGAAGCAAAUGAUGUCAAAGAAGAGUAUGAAACUGUUGAGCGUAAACCCAUUAAAAAAUUACAUGUGGAUAAAGCGGAUACUUGGAAUAGGAUGCGCAUUGAUAAACCUGCUUAUGCUUAUUGGUGUGCCUCUGAUCAAUCCCUUGAUGCACUAUUAAGCAACAGAAAACUUUGGGAUCAGUAUAUCAGAGACGUGGAUGAUCAUGUUGAUCAUAAAGUGCCACCCACAUUUGUGACACCUACACCGCCUGCCAAUGGAAUUUGGGCAUCUUAUUUAUUACCUUUCAAAGAAUAA